GAUUACCUUCUGAAGAGGUAAGGUGGAACAUUACCGACUUUUUUUUUCGUAAAAAGUUACCUUUAAAUUGAAGAAAAAUUAACCGCAAAUUUUUAUUUUCAAUUUUUACUGUCAAAUUGUCGGCAAAUUCGGGCAGCAAAUUUUAGGUAAUUUCAACAUCAAAUUACCGUCAAUUUCAAGCUAAAGUUGCUAUCAGGGUAGAGUGUGGCUAUCAGGGUAAGUGUUAACUCAAAAUUAGUUAAGUAGUGAAGUGUUAGAUGGCAGAGUCUGCAUCUGUGGUGAGUUUGUGGAUGAACCAUUUUUAAUGUAUUGAAAUAUUACAAUCUGUAUGUUUAUUAAUUUUACAACUUUGGUGUAUUUUGCGUACUGUAAUCCUUAAUCUCCAUGGAACUGUGUUCUAGAGCGUUCUUGUAACUUUACUUUGUUCUCAAUAAAAUAUAUAUAUAUAUAUAUAUAUACAAAUGAAACAAAAUGGAUAACAUUUAACGGCGCAAACUCGAACGCCAUUGAACUUAUAAUACUAUCACUACUAAGUUGUUGGCUUAUUAUACCGCAUGGCGGGCGAUGACCUUACCGGAUUUACGUGUACAGCGUUAUAAAAAAUAGUGUGAAAUGUUUCUUCAGAAAAAUAGUGAUUUGUUUAUUGUAGAAUAAUUUAAUAUUAAAACCAGAACUAUACCUACAAUUUAAACAAAUUUAAUUACACUCUAAAAUAAUGUAACAUUGUAAAUAAGUUUAUUUAUAAGUGUUUGAUGCGCAGAUAAGCAAUGCGCAAGUCUUGUUAUGCCCAACUAGCUAAGGGGCGUUCGGAGACGGACGAAUGAUCACUGAGCAUGGCGUGGAGCUUGGACAAGUAAACAAUUUAUGUGCGAAUCAUUAUAUCUAAUUCUUCACUUCUGUUAAAUAAUUGACUAAUAUCUAAUAGACAUUAUUAAAUAUCAAUAUUCUUCCAACAUGAGAUUCAUGUGGAUUGUAACAAGAGUUUGGUGUAGUGGUGUUUUACCAUGAAUUGUUUUUUUUUUGUUUUUUAUUGUUCGACUUAUUCGUGAGAUUGUGACGUGAAUUUUUGGAGUACAGCGUGCCAUGUUUCGAGUGAAAAUUUUUGAAAGUAAAAGAAUUAAUCAAGUGAAAAUGUCUGAAACUUCGAAUAUUCAAUUAACUAAGAAACUAUGAAAUUACUUUCAUGCCACACAAUCAAUUUCGAUUCAACAUCAAUGAGAAAUUCGUGAUUUUGGAAUCGGGAAAAAAAUCAAUAGAAUUUCGCUUUUUAUUGAAGAUUAUAAUUUCAAUUAACAUGACUCUAAUCAAAAACAUGUUGGUGGCUAAGUGGUUUACAAAAAAACUUCUUUAACCCAUGAUACUUGAAGCAUUGCUUUUAUUAAGGAAACGUAUCAUGAAAAUUUUCUUUGCUUCAAGGUUAAUACUUAAAUGUAAUUUAGACCAACUCAAUAUAAUUUGAAAUAUCGAUGAGUCUCCAAGCAAUAAAACGAUGAAGACAAAUGUGUCGAUUAUACUUUAAUUUCAAAAUAUUUUAGAGUAAACGACAUAUUCUACAAGAGCUGAGAAAAACAACUCUCUUGUCCCAAUGAAGUCUUCCGUUAUAAGUAAAAAAAAAGAAAAAGACAAAAAAGAGAUCAUGUUAGGCUGUCCAAAUUGCUUGGUCCAUCUAGAAUUGUCAACUACUUUUACUGAUCAAUGUCAAUUAUGCGAUCGCCUAUGCAAUGAAUCUAAAAGUGUCACAUUUAUUAUUCAGAAGAAUAAAUCAAGUAUGAAUGAUAAAUCUCGAGUCAAAACUGAUUGGCGAAGUGAUAAGGUGACACUGAUUAAUCGUCAGUGUUUUAUGAAACCUAUGUAUCGGUGUGGAAUAGUAAAAAGUGCUGCGAGUGUCGUGCGAUGGAGUUUUGAAGGUGGAACGUUUUCUUGGUUUGGUUUGAUUUGGAUAAUUUUGAUUUUAUGUCCUAUUGUUACUGCCAGUUUUACUGAAAGAAGUACACAGACGUUUCAUCCUACGGAAGGAGAGGUGUGCCAAAGCAUAGACAUAAGAAAUAGUGUGACUCAAUUUUCAAGACUGAAAGGCUGUCGAGUUGUAGAAGGAUUCGUACAAAUAUUAUUAAUUGACCAUGCAGACGAUUCAGCCUACACUAAUCUUACAUUUCCAGACUUAGUAGAAAUUACUGGAUAUCUUUUACUAUACAGAGUAAAUGGCUUACGAAGUGUUGGUCAACUUUUUCCUAAUUUAACGGUCAUUCGUGGUCAUUCUCUCUUCAUAAAUUAUGCACUGGUGGCUUUUGAGAUGAUGAACUUACAAGAAGUUGGCCUGUACUCACUAACCGAUAUAUUACGAGGUUCCGUUCGUUUUGAAAAAAAUCCAAUGCUUUGCUAUGUUGAUACCGUCGAUUGGGAUAUAAUUGCCAAAGCUGGGAAUGGAGAACAUGUUAUAGCGGAUAACAAACUCAAGAAUUUAUGUCCUGUAUGCGAGAAGCACUGCCCACUUCGCUUAACAAAAUUAGACGAUAAUCUAUGUUGGAAUGGACAAAAUUGUCAGAAAAUUUGCAAAUGCGGUAAUGGUGCUUGCAAUCCGUCCGGUGAAUGCUGCAAUCCGUUAUGUUUGGGAGGAUGUACCGGACAGACAGCUUCUGAUUGUAAAAUAUGCCGAGAUGUAAUAUUACCUGAUAAUAAAUGCGCCAAACAGUGUCCACACAAUAUGUAUGAGUUUUUAAACCGUCGAUGUAUAGAUGAACAUAAAUGUAGAAAAAUGAGAAAACCUUUAGAGGCAUUUGGUAACGUGCGAGAGUUUCCAUACAAACCUUUCAACAAUAGCUGUGUCAUAGAAUGUCCAGCUGGUUAUAUGGAUGAUGAAAAUAACGGGAAAGCGUCAUGUAAAAAAUGCGAUGGUGCUUGUUCAAAAGUAUGUUCAGGAGCAAGUGUUGAUAGCAUUGCUUCUGCUCAAAAACUUCGAGGUUGUACUCGGAUUGAAGGCAGUUUGGAAAUACAAAUUAAAGGUGGUAAAAAUAUGGUAAAAGAACUUGAAGAUAAUUUAAACAUGAUAGAAAUAAUCGAUGGCUAUUUAAAGAUCGUUCGAAGUUUUCCUCUAAUAUCUCUCAACUUUUUAAAAAAUUUAAAACUAAUAAAUGGUUCUCAAUUAGAAAAUGAUAAAUAUACACUAGCAGUUCUUGAUAAUCAGAAUCUUCAAGAAUUAUGGGAUUGGGAUACACAUCCACCCAUUACAAUCAAAUCUAAAGACGGACCUGCCAAAAUAUUUUUUCAUUUUAAUCCGAAGCUCUGUAUCCACAAUAUAGAAAAACUGCGUGAUGUAGCUAAUUUAUCUCAAUUUACGGAUUUAGAAGUCGCACCGAAUAGCAAUGGUGAUAAAGUUGCCUGUAAUGUUACCGAGUUAAAAGUACAAGUAAUUAAAAAAACUGCAGAAGCAGCACUUAUAGAGUGGAAAGCAUUUGAACAUCACGAUCCUAGAUCUCUACUAGGUUACGUUGUUUAUUUUAUAGAAGCACCUAAUCGAACUGUCACAAUGUAUGACGGUCGUGAUGCAUGUGGAGGAGAUGGUUGGAGAGUUGAUGAUGUUGCUUCAGAAUCUUCAAACGAAUCAUCUAAUCUUAUUAUCACAGCUUUACUCACUCAAUUAAAACCAUACACUCAAUAUGCAUUUUUUGUUAAAACUUAUACGAUUGCUACAGAAAGGUCAGGAGCGCAAAGCAAAGUACAAUAUUUUACGACUUUACCUGGUGAACCAAGUCAACCAAAAGCUUUCUCAGUUUGGAGUAAUUCUAGCAGUGAAUUAGUUAUGUCUUGGCUUCCACCACUUCGAAAAAAUGGAAAUUUAACAUAUUAUAAAAUUACUGGCAAACGUGAAGUGUAUGAUCCUAACAUUCUUGCUAAAAGAGAUUAUUGCGAUAAACCUCUGCAAUUUCCGGAAAAGAAACCGAUAACUGAGAUAGCUGAAGAAGAACGUAAACGUGCUGAAGCUGAAAAAGAACGCACUAAACCAGAUGUAGCUACUUGUGAAUGUGCUGAUAGAGAAUCAGAUCAGUCAAUAAGAGAAAAAGAAGUAUCAAGCUCGAUUGCUUUUGAAGAUGCGUUACACAAUCAAGUUUAUGUUAAAAGAGUUGGUGGCAAUAAUAGACGUAAGCGUGAUAUCUCUACUGACUUCAAACCAAAUGACUCAGAUUCGCUAAAAAAGAAUGAAACGGAAGAAGACAGUGAACAGAAAUUUGAGCGUUUGGUACCUAGUUCAAACCUUUCAUUUGUAAUGCGAAAUUUAAGGCAUUUUGCUACUUACAAUAUAGAACUCCAAGCUUGUCGUGAACCUGUCCCAGAUGAUGUAAGCCAAAGGUGUUCAACAAAAAUAAUACAAAACUGUCGAACUCUACCCUUUGAACACGCAGAUGAUAUUCCAACGGGAUCAUUGAAAUUAGAAAAAAUCCAUGGUAAUACCAGCCGUCCGAUAGUGAAGUUGCAGUGGAAGGAACCGUUAAAACCCAACGGUUUAAUUGUUGCUUACCAAGUUGAAUACAAGAGAGUAGGAAUGCCAAAUAUUCAACCUAUUGUAGUUUGCAUCAGUAGACAAAAAUUUAUCAGUGAUAAUAAGUCUUGUAUCACUAAAGAUUUACCCGCUGGUAAUUAUUCGGUGAUAGUUCGAGCUACGAGUUUAGCAGGGAGUGGUGCUGAUUCGGAAGUACUUUAUGUUUAUAUCGAUGAAGAUAGCGCAAAAGAAGUAUUUUGGAUUGUUUUUUGGUCAGUUUCCAGCAUAGUUAUCUUGAUAACAUCUUUAACUACAGUUUAUGUAUGCAAGCGUAAGCUCUUGCAGAAUGUACCAAGUAGAAGAUUGAUAGCAACUGUAAAUCCAGAAUAUGUCAGUACUGCUUAUGUGCCUGAUGAAUGGGAAGUACCAAGGAAAAAGAUUCGUUUAUCACGAGAAUUGGGUAAUGGUUCAUUUGGUAUGGUUUAUGAAGGUGUUGCUAAAGAUAUUAGUAAAUUAAAACCUGAAAUAAGAUGUGCUGUAAAAACUGUCAAUGAAAAUGCAACUGAUCGUGAACGUAUAGAAUUUUUAAAUGAAGCAUCGGUAAUGAAAGCUUUCAAUACUCAUCACGUUGUAAGAUUACUUGGUGUCGUAUCUCGAGGUCAACCCCCUUACGUUAUCAUGGAAUUGAUGGUAAAUGGUGAUCUUAAAACAUAUUUACGAAGUCAUCGACCUGACCAGUGUGAAAAUAUGUCAAGGCAACCUCCUACACUCAAAAGAAUUAUACGAAUGGCCGCCGAAAUUUCCGAUGGGAUGGCUUAUUUAUCAGCGAAAAAAUUUGUUCACAGAGAUUUAGCAGCUCGUAAUUGUAUGGUAGCAGAAGAUCUUACUGUAAAAAUUGGUGACUUUGGUAUGACUAGAGAUAUAUAUGAAACUGAUUAUUAUCGAAAAGGAACGAAAGGUCUUUUGCCUGUUCGGUGGAUGGCGCCUGAAAGUUUGAAAGACGGUGUAUUUACUAGCUAUUCAGAUGUAUGGAGUUACGGAAUAGUAUUAUGGGAAAUGGUCACGCUUGCUUCUCAGCCAUAUCAAGGAUUAUCGAAUGAUCAAGUAUUGCGUUAUGUAAUCGACGGAGGAGUAAUGGAACGCCCCGAAAAUUGUCCCGAUUCUCUUUAUCGAUUAAUGAGAGGCACGUGGAAUCAAAAAGCUGUGCGACGGCCUACAUUUAUUCAUAUCACUUCUAUACUUUUAAAGGAGGCAUCUUUAGAAGGUUUUGAAGCUGUCAGUUUUUAUCACAGUCCGGAAGGAAUCGAAGCUCGUAAUCAAAACACUUCUCUUUCACCACUCAAUGACAAUGACUUCGAAAUGGCUCCACUAGAAGAUUUAAGAGAAGAUGAACAAGAAGGAGACGAAGAUUUACCUUUGCGUGAAGAUUUCGGCGACUUCGCAACCGUUGAACCAAGUUGCUUCAAAAACAGUCCAGAUAUAAGAUAUGAUUUAAAACCAUACGGAGAUAAUUCAAAAAUUCCCGCGAGCUUCCAUGAUUUAAACUCUUCGAAAAUACCUCUUAAAGCUGGUUUUGAUGACUUUGACGGUGUAUCAGUAGGGUCUUUAUGCUCUAGUAAGGAUACACUAAAUUUCCCAUUUGCGGAAGAAAGCCUCAAAUCAGUUAAAAAUUCCCCGUCCAUAAAGAACAAUAGUACGAAUCGAAGAAACAUAAGUCCAUUAUCGAGUAAAAACUCUUUAAGCCCACAAAACAAGAGAAAUCAAAUUAUCUUGCGGAAUCGAGGACAGAAUAAAUCGGUUCAUAAUAUUGAUGAUUUGGAUUACGAAAAUCAAAGUACUGAACUAAUGUCCAAUGCUGAAAUGAAAGAUAUUAAUUCCACUCAAUUAGAUUAUUCUUCAUUAGAUAAUGUAGAUGUCACCAUUUCAGUUCAAGAAGCGGAACCACAAUCUCAGACUGAUUAUUUAGAAAAAUGUGAAAGUCUGAAUAAUGGAUACAUUAGUAGAACAACUACGUAGUUUAAAGAGCAUUUGUGGUGCGCAUCAAAAGUUUAUUGUUUGUUAUUAAAAUAUAAGCUACAUAUGUGAAGCUUUUUUUUCUAUGAAACUUUUAAAUUAUAGAAUCGGUACAAGCAUGAAUGGUUGAUAAUUGAUGAAGCUUUGGAAUCAUAAAUAGAUAAAGGCUUUUGAGACUUUAUGUACACUACAGUGUAUAUAUCUGUAAAUGAAUAAUACUACAUUUUUUUUUUUUUCUAGUAACUAUUUCAAUUAGUAUAUCGUAUUAAAGGAGUCGUUACUCUAGAACUGUUUAUGUUCUUUUUCUUUUCUUUUUUUUUUCUUUUAAAUCAAGAUUUUCAGUAUCUUCCGUAUUAACAAAUUCAUUGUCUUAAGUCGUUAACCAAUUCAUGUGCAUAGAUUCAUAAUUUCUACUACUUAACAAUUAAAUUAUGAAAUUUUUACAUUCGAUUAGCCCUGUAGCUAUUUUACACACCUAUACACACUCUCGCAAAUGUGAAUAAUUAUAAAUAUAUAUUAGGGUAACUUAACAAUCCUCAUUUUUAAAAUUCGUAGGCCUCAACUCAAAAUAUGUUCAUUCUUAUGUAGUAAACAGACUUCCAUAAAGUUAAGCAGGGCUUGAUAACUUUAACAAAUCGAUCAAAAUUUUUUAAUUUUGAAAAUCAUAAAAAUAACUUUUUUCUUUUUAUUUGAUUGCUAUUUACAUAAUGAAAUUUAAUUAAAUGCUUGUUAUCAAAGUUAUUGAAAAAAUAAAAAGUAAAAACUGUUUUUAAGUAGCCACUUUGAAGUCGCGAGUAUAAGGGUGCAUUCAGAAAUGUUCUAGCUCAUGCUAAAAUAUUUCCGAAUGCACUCAAAAUUUUAAAAUAUAUUCUUCAUUUUAGUAUUAUAUGUUUUUUUAAAUUUUAUAUUAACUCAUAUGAAUCCAUGCGUGGCUUCAGGCAAACAUAAAAAUUAAUUUAUGAGUGUGAAAAAUAUUUUUACAAGAUUGUUUUAUCAUGAUAAUAGUAAUGAAGACUUUAUUCCGAUAAGAAUUAAUAUAUUUUGGAUUUUUAAUUUGAAAACAAGUGAUAAAUUCACAACCAUAAUCCUUAAAAGUUUACGUAACUCCGCUAACGGUUACCACUGGCCUAUUCCUUUAGCAAUUAAAAGAAGUGAUUUCCAAAUUUUUAAUCUUUUCUCUUAGAAUUUCAUUUUAUAUUUUAUUAAAUAAAAAAUAACAAUAGACUAAUCCUCAUGAAAAUGCUUAUGGUGAAAUAAAAAUUCACAAAACUCGCCAAUCUUAAUUUUUAGCUUAACAUUUUUUUAGGAGAGUACUAAUGACUUUAACUGCAAUUUUUCAUUAAAAAAUAGGAGUCUGAAAACAAAUAAAAUAUUUAAGAAUCCACCCUGACCUCUGUUACGUGUUUAUGAAAAAAAUUUCAACCAUUAAAUAAUCAAAUCAUGUUGAAGUAUAUAGACACAUUUUUUUUUUAUUUCUACAUAAUAAUUUUAACCAAACUAACAGCUUUUUAUACUCUACUAAUUUUUUCAAAAUCAUAACAUUAUUAGUAAAAUUUUUUACGGCUAUGGAUGUAUUCGGCGACUUGUUCUUGCUCUGCUCGAAACUAUACUCUCACAUAUAAAUGCAUUUUGUCCAAGCAAGCAUCCGUAUAUGCUAUGUAUGAAAUCCAAAAAUAUUAUGAAUGUAUAUUUUAUAGCGGUUUAUUAGUUAAAAACGAUUUUGAUUAUAAAUCACGAUUAUUUAAAAAUUAGUCAAAUAUCUAGAGUAGCGACUACCUACCAUUUGAUAAGUAAUUCUUAACUUGAAAACUAAUUUUUAUAUAAAUUAAAAACUUUAGUUUUAUUGGUGCAGGUUCAAUUGAGUUAUAAAUUAAAUCUUUUCAUAUACCUAAAGUUGCUAUGAUUGUAAAAUUCAGGUUAAAGUUGCGUUGCUGAAUUUGGCAUUACGAUACUUGAUCACUUUAUUCACCUAUAUAAUAUUAAUAAAAUAGACUUUUCUUAUAACUA